GGAGGCGGCGAUCCCAUCCCAUCCCGCCGGCGCCGCCGCUGCCAGUCGCCGCCGUCAUCGGCCGUGCGGCUCGCUCCUCUCCUCUCCUCUCUGCCCGCCGCCUUCGAGGAUCCGGGCUUCGUUUUUUCGACCGGAGGAGACGCCCGCGCGCUUCUCCGCCGCCGCCGCCGCAGCCAUCAGCCGAAGCGGCGUGGGGAAAGAGAGAUGCUUCAGGCGGAGGCGGAGCGGGAGCUCCCUGCCAUGGGGACCUCAGCCCAGGAGCCGGAGCCGGUUCUCUGGAAGCAAAUUGACGAAGCCGAGCGCUAUCUGGUCAGUGGAUUGUUCGAGCAGGCCGUGUCCAUUGCCUUGUAUGUAUCCAGUAAAGUACAUUCGGCUGCUAUGCAAAGUUCAUGUGACCACGAUGAGCUUCUGGAGAUGCUUGAAUUAGCCGGUAUGGUACUUGUUCAGGCACUUAAAGAACUCAAGAGGACAUCUGAAAUGUUUAUUCAGCUUAAGACAAUCUAUGGUUCAGUGGCAUCAAUACCAUUGAAAAUUUUCAUUAUAGGGGCUACAAUGCAAAUGGCAGAAGGAUCUGUGUCUGAUCUUAGACCAAUCUUCGAGGAAUACCUUGCUAAAUGGAGAUAUACUGAUGAUCAAAUUUAUGUUUUAAAUGAAGGAAAGAACAGCUCCUCAAAUGGAUUGGUUGUUAUGUCAGUUAUGGCACCUGAACAAUAUUUUGAGUUGGCAGAACUGUAUACAGUAACAUUGCUUAGUGUUGUCUCUCAUGAUACGAAAGCUGCUAUCUCAUGGACUGAAAGUUCUGAGUUGAUGGACCAAAAUCGGCAGGACCUGUUGAAAAAACUUCAUGCAUUACAAUCGGCAGCUAAUCUGGGGGUAAAACCAUCAGAAUCAACAGAAAGAAACCUUAUCACUUCUCAGAAUGGCUCAACAUCACCAGCACAUGAGGAUGCUCCUAAAGGCUCAGCACCCAUGUAUAAUGGGAGUGUAAAUGGACUUAGAAAGGCCUUACCAAAAUCCAUUCAACCUCCUUUUCAACACGUCACAAAUCAAUUUGAUCCAUUGUUUUGGUGGUUUCAUUCAUUUCGCAUAAAACUUGGAAAGAUACAUGUGGUUCUACCAAGUGGUAAAGUUAUGUUUCUGUUUUCGCUGCUGUUCUCGACAAUGUACAUUCUACGGAGGAAAGGUGCUGCGUUGAAGAGGACUGCAUUCCAACAGCUUUCAUCUCUGAGACGGGCGUUCCUUGAUGCCCUGCAACUCGCCUUCUCCACCCAGAUGAAUCCACUAGCUGCUGUUCAAUAGGUGCCACAAGCCCCGCGUGGUAGCUGGUGAUAUACUGUAAUUAUUUUACAUGUUUAUGAAAUAUGACAGGUGUAAUACCUUAUUUUGUGCCACUGAAAUGCAAAGGCAAUUGUAAGGGAGCUGCUUAAUAUCUUCUCAAUGAUCCAGUUUUGGCAUAUCCAGUGCGAGACCAAUAUACGUCGAUUCUAUGUUGUUCUAGAGGUUUAGUCGGUUUGCCUCAGAUUGGGUUAAAAUACCUAUGCAGAAUCAGUUAUGUGUUCUCUGUUGAGCAAUGAGCCCACAAAGAAGGUAAUAAGACAAUCUUGUGAAGCUACCACAAAGUGGCUGUAGUUUAGUGGUGAGAAUUCCACGUUGUGGCCGUGGAGACCUGGGCUCGAAUCCCAGCAGCCACAAUAUACAUUUUUUUUUAUAAUUUUGCA